GAUGGUUGCUGUUGAAGCUCGUUGCCGGAAGCCUCGCCCGGUGCCAAAUCCAAGCUCCAUGGGCGGAUCGGCCCGUCGGCGCCCGUCCUUCGGAGCGGUGGAGUGGUGCUCCACGGGGACGUCUCAGGUGGGUGCAGAUCCGCUGACGCAGACGCAGGAGAGCCCCUUCUUCGCCACCCGCGGCUCCGGCAGCUCCCGUCCCCAGAGCGCGCGGCCCGGGACGCCCGCGAGGUUGAGCUCCCAGCCUUUUUCGGCGCGCCCUGCCCACGACCGCACGCGGCAGGAGGUUUUCAGUGCGAGCAGCACUCCAAGAAGGCAGAUCUACGCCACAGCCAUCCCCGGCUACUGCGGGCACAUGCCCACCAAGGACAUCGAGCUCUGCGGGGGCACCUUCACCAUGGAGUCCAUGGCGGCGGCGGCCAUACGCAGUAGGCGACUUCUCGCAAAGAAGACCGACGGUCUGGAAGACUGCCGCACGCAUGCACCCCGCUUCGCCGAGCAACUGGGUUUGCACUGCACCAGCCAGCUCAGGAGCUACCAGCCCUGGGCGCGGCAAGCCGCCGGCGUUUCGCGCAGCAUGGAUCGCUUCCGCGCGGUGCGGCCCUGAGGCGAUUUGAAGGGCCCCCGCCAGGCCGGCCCAGCCUUAACUCGGCGAUUUCAAAGCCCAGAAGCUCUGGGUCGGCAAAAGCUCAGGGGCGGUUGAAUUGGCGGCUCUCUGGUUUCGAAGAAAAUAUG